UUUCCAUCACUUAAGGUCAUUUUCCUUGUCAACAAGAAGAGAAGAGUGAGCAGUAGUUUUGCAAGAGAGCUACAACUAUCAGAAGAGUGAAGAUGGCGUCUUUACCUCAGCCCAUGGGGUACUACCCAACCUCCAACGCCAUCAUGCACGCGCAGCCGGCCACCACGUCCAGGGGCUCGUUCGGGCCGGUCUUCACCGUGCUCGCGGUGAUCACCAUCCUCGCCGUCACCGCCUGCGUCGUCGGCCGGCUUUGCGGUCGCCGGCUCUCCAAGAAGAGGUCAUCCUCCGCCGAGGAGCAGUUCUACGGCACCAAUGCCGUCGGCGGCGACCUGGAAAAGGGGUUCGAGAUCAAGUACCCGGUGAUGAAACCGAUGGCGAGCUCCCGUGCGAUGAUCCAUGACAUCGACGACGGCUUCGAGAUCAAGUUCGCCCCGGGAAAACCUGCAGCAUGGAAGAACGACAGCAAGGCAGACAGCAAAGGCCACCAACAACACCAUCCACAGCAUGGCAUGCCCCAGCACCACCCACAGCAACAUGGCAUGCCGAAAGAGUACGCCAUGCCACCAGGUUUCAGGUACCCUGCAAAUGGUGUUGUCAGGCAAGGGCAGAUAAGGGGUGGAACAUUCAUUUCCGCAAAGCCCAGUACGUGAUCACCAAGGUAGUGUAG